ACUCAUCAGAUGAAUUUACACAGUGCCCCCACAUGCUUGUAGAUGGCUGUGGAACUGGUGGGGCAGCAGGAAGGCGCGCAGCCACCCAGAGAGCCUCUACAGCCGCUGGGAGCAGGACCACGACCUGCAGAACUUUACCCAGCUGGGCCUCUUCUACGAGUACCUGGAGAUGGUGAUCCAGUUUGGCUUCAUCACACUCUUCGUGGCGUCGUUCCCGCUAGCGCCCCUGCUGGCGCUUUUCAACAACAUCGUUGAGAUCCGGGUGGACGCCUGGAAGUUCACCACGCAGUUCCGCCGCCCCGUGGCCGCCAAGGCACACAGCAUCGGCGCCUGGGAGGAGAUCCUGAACGCCAUGGCCAUCCUGUCCGUGGUCACCAACGCCUUCAUCGUGGCCUUCACCUCGGACAUGAUCCCACGCCUGGUCUACUACUACGCCUACCACCCAGGAAACAGCCCCACUAUGGAGGGCUACAUCAAGGACAGCCUCGCCAUCUACAACAUCUCGCAGUUCCCGGAGCAAAACCAGCCAGAGAUGAAUGAGAAUCCAUCCUGGUUCAACACGUCCACCAUCUUGACAUGCAGAUACCGUGAUUACCGCUACCCACCUGGCCACGAGAAGGAGUACGCCCACACCAUGCAGUUCUGGCACAUCCUCGCAGCCAAGCUGGCUUUCAUCAUCAUCAUGGAGCACGUGGUGUUCGUGGUGAAGUUCUUCGUGGCGUGGAUGAUCCCCGACGUGCCGUCCGAGGUGAAGGCCCGCAUCAAGCGGGAGCGCUACCUCAUCCAGGAGUACCUGCACAACUACGAGCUGGAGAAGCUGAAGGUGCAACUGAGCCAGAGUAAUGGCUGCCAUGCCCCCCCGGACUCGGGCUGCGUCAGCACCAUCACGGACCGGCACGAGGUGUUCUCAGAGUGCCUGUAGCCCUGGCCCACCUCACCCAUCUCCCUCAGUGGGUUCCUCCUGGACAAUCACUGUUGGGUCUGUCACUAGGGUUCAGGAUUAGGGGUGCCACCUGCCCCACGCACCCCCACAUCUGCCAAAGCGGACUCGACUAUUGCUGAAGGGCCUUCUUGCUUUCUAAUUAAAGCAACACUGUAUGCGUUUUAUUUUUAGCAGGGAAUACCUGUCCCGCACUACAGGGGGCGCUAUAACCCACUCCCAAAACCGGUAAACUGGGCUGGGAGGGGAGGGGGGGUGCAUGUAGAAGUGUCGUCUAGCGGUGAUGUGCUACAGCACGCUCAUCGCCUGGCCGGCUGGUCACACGCCGCAUGCUGCGUGGGCGUGUCCGCUGCUUGUUACUAUGGCGACUGGCGGAACACAACAUAAGGAGCCACAAUGUUCAGCAGGUUCUGACCGAUCAUUCCAUCCCACUGCUUGCUCUCUGUAUGCUGUAAUCAGCAUCAGGGAUGAAUGGGCUUUUAUUUAUUCUCUCACAGACUAUAUAUGUGUGUAUAUAUAUGUAUAUAUAUAUAUAUAUAUAUAUAUAUAUAUAUAUAUUAAAGGCGCACGUUUACUUUUCAUCGGUGUCUGUUGUGUAUAAAAAUUAUGGACAACGGUCCAUCCAGAUUUUUUUUAAAGUCUAUUUCUGUUUCAUUAUGCGUUCUUAUUUGUUGAUCGAACUAUGACAAAAUGUGUUUCUUUUGUUUUACUUGGGAGGGAUGGAUGGGUUAGUCUGAAUACUUAUCAGAGUCAAAGAACUCAAAACUGUAAGGGGUGGGGGGUGGUGUGCGGUUCUCUGCGAUUUCCAAACUGCGGCAUUGCAUCUGGAGGACCUCCUCCUGUGAGACAUCCUUCAGCAGACCUCUCUCUUUCAGCUGAUCUGAAUUAGAAUCCCAUGGCUUGAGGUUUGAGACUUGUCCUAUACAUAUAUGAACUUGUUUUUACUGUAUGUAGGCCGGUGGAGCUUCUCCUGUUAAUAUUUCCCUGUAGAUGAGGGAUAUUAAUGUCGCCAAAAUCACCUGUCCAUCAUGGAAUCUACACUUUGACAUUGAAUAGUAUUACUGCACUGCUGUAUAGCUCCCCCCUGUGGUCAUUGCUUUGUAUCGCUGUCACCUGUAAGUCACACAGACUUUUAUAAGUGCACUUCUCUUCUAUUCCUUUUUUGUGACAUUCUGCACAUGCAGAAAGCAGGAGGCUGAGUGCAGGGGCCAGAUCCAGCAUUUCCACACUCCCAAAAGAUCUCAGUGUAGCGGACAGUUUAUGGACCCAGGGUCAGGAGGGCGACCCACUGGUCGCACGACUGGUUCUGCAUCAAAAGGAUAUUCGAUGAAAGUGUCCCCUUUGUCAUGGAGGGUAGUGAAAAUGACCCCAGAGAGAUAGAGUAGUCAUGUUUGAAUUUAUUAGUCCCUUAGACGUCCAUCUACUACUUUCCUAAAUCUUUCUUUUGUUUAUCUAUUAAAAGCUAAGGCCAAAUUCAUGAACCACUGCUGUGUGUCGUGCAAAUUCCUGCUGGCUGUAUCUUUAUUAAAAAUUAUCUUUAAUGCAGGACUAUCACCCAGUUUAGGUAAGGUAAUUCUACAAGGCUGUACUAAAUAUUUCAGAUUUAUAACUUUAUUAUUAUUUGGGCAACGUUAAUCAGAUAUGUAGCACUGUACAUUUAUUUAUGUCCUGAAUUCAC